AUGACAAUCCCACCGCGACCCCAAGGCCCGAGUAGCAGUUAUGGCCGACGCAUCAGCCAACUUAGCAGACACCUCCAGACAGCAGUCAGGUCUAUCGACAUCGCAAAUGGCCAAUCCCUCAGCUUGCAAGCCAUGAGAGCCAUGCCCCUUGCUACCCUCUCUUGCUUGCCAAAAUGCAGAACCUGCCCGAGCUUGGACACCCCCACUAGGCUAUCGAGAGCCUACGUGCGGCAACCAAAACAGACAUCGAGAACGCCACCCGCGAAACGAAAAUCAUCAGGAUUGCGGUGCAGCAUAGCACAGUCGAAAUUACAAGCCCAAUGCCACGCGCGCGGUCAUCACAGCCGCUAG